CGCAAUGUGACCAGGAUUAUCCCACAGCUAGAAAAAGUAUUAGGUGCUGGGAGUGUUAAGACAUCUGAAGCAGUUAGACAGCAGCAUUCACAUGACGAAGGCCACUUUUCAGGAAAUCUCCCGGAUGUUGUUGUUCAACCAAAAAGUGCUCAAGAAGUGAGUGAAAUACUAAAAAUCUGUAAUGAAAACCGCAUUCCAGUGAUACCAUUUGGAACAGGAACAGGCCUUGAAGGCGGAGUCAAUGCAAUUGUGGUACGUUUAUUAUUUGGUAUUGAUUUAAUGUCAAUGGAUAAAAUUACUGCUGUCAACUGUGAAGACUUUACCUCUUCUGUACAACCUGGAGUUACCCGAAAAACCUUGAAUACACAUUUGAGAAAUACUGGACUUUGGUUUGCAGUGGAUCCUGGGGCAGAUGCUUCUAUAUGUGGAAUGGCUGCCACUUGCGCAAGCGGAACAAAUGCAGUGCGGUACGGAACUAUGUUACAAAAUACUGUAAAUUUAGAGGUUGUCUUGCCGGACGGUGAUAUCUUGAAUACAAGAGGAAGAAGUAGAAGACCACGGAAAUCUUCUGCGGGUUAUAACUUAACCGAGUUGUUUGUUGGUUCGGAAGGUACCUUGGCUGUUAUAACGGAGGCAACGGUUCGUCUUCAUGCUAUGCCGUCUUUUAUCAGCGCAGCGGUUUGUAGUUUCCCAGAUAUUCACAAAGGAGUAAAUGCGGUUGUUGCUGUGUUACAGUGUUCCAUACCGGUGGCUAGAAUUGAAUUUAUGGAUCAGCUCCAAGUAGCUGCUUGUAACAAGUUCAGUAAUCUUACGCUUCCGGAACUACCAUCGAUAUUUCUUGAAUUUCAUGGUUGCACAGAGGAGGAGGUUAAAAAUCAAGCGGAAUUAGUUGGAAAUAUAUGUCAAGAAUACAGUGGGAGCGAUUUUUCAUGGUCCCAUCUUCCAGAAGAACGGGAAAAGCUAUGGAAAGCUCGACAUAAUGCUUAUUAUGCUGCAGUGGCUACAAGGAAAAAUUCACGCGGCUUUUGUACAGAUGUUUGUGUUCCUGUUUCGAAACUGGCUGAUGUGGUUACAGAAACCAGGAAAGAUAUAGAUAGUUCUGGGAUUUUUGGAACUAUCGUUGGGCAUGUAGGGGAUGGGAACUUCCAUUGUGUUUUCCCCGUAGAUGAGGACAAUAAGGACGAGAUGUCAGUCGUUUGGGGAUUGUCAAACCGACUUGUUGAACGAGCAUUGGCUGUAGGAGGGACCUGCACGGGAGAGCAUGGAAUAGGUCUGGGAAAACGAAGCUAUUUGAAGAAAGAGUUUGGAGACAUUGGUUUGAAAGUUAUGCUGAAUGUUAAAAAAGCUAUUGAUCCGAAUGGAAUUAUGAAUCCCGGCAAAGUCUUCCUAUAA